UUCUAGGUAAAUGCCCCUAUUUUAAUAUUGAAUCAAUAAUAUCUGAGUAGUAGUUGAAUCUUACGUAUGGAUAAGUAACUGGAUUACAUCUAAAAUGUCAUGUAUGAAUAAUGGAAUAUGAUGCGACGAUCUACCAAGGAUCUCAAUCGGAGGGUAUCAGUGGCGCCGCCAUUGUAACCAACAGGAAUACUGAAGCGACCAGUCAUCCCUUUAUAACCCAUUCUGUGAAGUUACUUUACACGACGAUCAUCGCAAACUACCCGCAUUGCGUAGGCUAUUCUUGGGUUUCGGGUAAAUAUCCAUGUCGGAUCGGUCGCCUAAUAUGGUAGGAAGUAAUAUGUUAUAUGGUUAUAAAGACCAGAUCUUGCUGCUCCUCACUGAGAAGUCUAGGGAAAUGCUCGUUUGUAGUCGUCGGAUCAUCUCAUAAUGCAACUAUCGUCUCUCGUUCUAUUUGUGUUAUCCUCCUCGGGUGCGCUGGCGGCCAAGCACUUCCAUGUGCCGGAGCCAGCCCGAGUGCGCGACGAACCCACAGCGACGGCCUGCACAUCUUCGGCUCUCAGCACCACUACUACUAUCAACAGAGGAGGCGAAGGAAUUUGGGUAGUGAGGCCAAAUAUAACGGAUUUGCACGAACUAUACAGGUUUAGACAGGCCGACUGGCUCAACAACAACCACACACAAGUACUCGAUACGUGCGGUAGUAUUUGCUUAAAGGGCAACGAUACGGCCGACCCGGGCACCUGGCAGCCUAGUCGGCAGUACUUCCAAGGCGGGUUUGUCAAUACUCCAGGAGGAGAUCCACCGGAUCAUAUCCUAUGGCAAUGCGCGUGUUAUGACCGAGCCGUGACAAUGGACGAUCUUGUUCCCGGUGGAGGGGUUUGGAAUAAUGCAAACCCAGGUAGCGGAACCAUAAUCAACCGAGCCUGUUAAAUAGACGGUCUACAAACGUGGCGUGCGUGUGUGUACCUAAGACAGUGAAAUUCCUGCAACCCUUUCGACCGGUUUCCUUCUAUUAAUAUAUGAUGAGUCGGAUUAUCUGAACCACUAUUCAUAUUGUCUCAAACAGAAUAGUCUCACUGGUACGAAGCGAGGGUAAAUCCUGCGUGGUCAUCAAUAUUAUGAUGGGUUAGGUAUUUAAGACUUCUUUUUAUCUUAUUUCCGAAUGCCACGGACCUAUCAAUCCAACAAGGGCCCGUAUCUUCUUAUCGCGACAAGAUGUGACGGCGUUUACAUUGACUGGUGAACCGAAUAUCUCCUAAAUUGAAUUAAUACCUAACGGAUACCUUGUUAUUGGUCUUUGGCAAG